UAGGGUCGGAAUCGGUCAAAUAAAACCUGUGCAAUACUGUACACCUUUUUUCUUUCAUAAAGAGCCUAACCGGAGUUAUGUAGGUCAAGUCGUUUGCGAGCUGUUGAAGUUUAAACGUCCGAAUGUCUGGCCAACAUCGAAUCUCAAACCAAUUUUACCACGGUGCGACACCUUGGCAAAACGAGCGCAGCCCAACAACCAGUCACGGCAGGGUUCAAAUGAACAAACUGAAUUUGUGGGGGAGAAAAAAGACAAACAAUAUCACAGUGGAUUAUGACAAUUUCGGAUGUAUUUUGUGUGAUAAUAAAUAGGGACGUCUCUGCGCAGCCUAUCGGAUUCCAGGAUGAAAUAUGCAUCCAGAUGAAAAGACUGCAGUCCUUUCGCUAAUCCUUGUCUAUCCUUCUUAUCUCGGGACUCAUAGCAGUCUGAUCGCUAUGGGACAGCGAAGCCGUGGGACAAAACCGUGCAAAUGAUAUUUCAGUAAAUGACAAACGCAAGUCUGUUUGGCUUCAGUGGGUGCUGACUGGGUGCAUGCAGGCUAGCUGUGCAGUGCACGCAUAAAAGUGGGCCAAAAUGUUCCUCGCGUUCGUCUUGGGACUCUACCUGGCGACAGGUGCGCUACCCUCCUCGGUGAGCGCGUGCCCGUCACAGUGUAGCUGUUUUUUUCACAACCUAAGUGAUGGAUCUAUGGCCAGGAGUGUAAUUUGCAAUGACCCCGAGAUCUCCAUUGUGCCUGCCAGUUUCCCCGUGGACACGUCCAAGCUGCGAAUCGAGAAAACAGCCAUCCAUCGUAUCCCGAGCGAAGCCUUCAGUUACCUCCCCAAUCUGGAGUUCCUCUGGAUGUCCUUCAAUGUGCUGUCCUCUCUCAAGCCGGACAGUUUCCGUGGGAUGCUAAAUCUGGAGGAGCUGCGACUGGAUGGGAAUGCCCUCACCGCGUUCCCCUGGGAGUCUCUUAUGGAUAUGUCCAGCCUCACGCUGCUCGACUUGCACAACAACCAGUUGACCUCAGUUCCCGCAGACGCCACAAUUUAUUUUAAAAACCUGACCUACCUGGAUCUGUCCAGCAACAACCUUCUGACUGUUCCAGCUGAGGUGCUCGCCACCUGGCUAACAGUUAAACCUGUGCAGGGCCCAGAGAACUCCAAAAUUAUACUUGGUCUCCAUGACAACCCCUGGUUGUGUGACUGCCGCCUGUAUGACCUGGUCCAGUUCCAGAAGUUGCCAACGUUCUCUGUGGCAUUAAUCGACACACGCCUCCGCUGUGCAGCUCCCGAGAGCCUGUCAGGUGUUCUGUUCAGCGAUGCCGAGCUGCGGAGGUGCCAGGCGCCACGCGUCCACACAGCGGUGGCACACGUCCGCAGCGCCGUGGGAAACAACGUGCUGCUGCGCUGCGGGACCAUUGGCGUUCCCAGCCCGGAUCUGGCCUGGCGCAGGGCGGAAGGGAAAGCCCUGAACGGGACAGUCCAGCAGGAGAACUCCAAGGAAGGCAUUAUCUGGUCCAUCCUCAAAUUCCCAGCCGUGUCCUACCGUGACUCAGGGAAGUAUGUCUGCAAGGCCACUAACUACGCCGGAAAUGCAGAGACCAUCAUCUCCCUGGUUGUCUCUGAUGCUCCCCCAAAACCCGACAAUAACAACAACCAAACCAGCGUGGUUGCUGCUACUGUAAAAAAAAACAAAGUCAACAAACCCAACGGGAUGGGGAAGGCAGCAUACCAGGAGAAACUGGUGGAUAGGUUAGUGGUUCCCACCCCCAACCCUCAACCCCCACCUGCUGUUGUGGACUCCAGCCCUGAGCCUGAAGGUGUGGUAGUGGGAAGUGUGGCAGAUAGAGCCACCCCUGGACCAGCCAAGUUGCCCAGUCCAGACGGACUCCUGGAGCUGGAGAAGACCAACCUGAGCAACCUGGCCCAGGCCCAGUAUGACCCGGACCGGAUAGUUCGCUCGGUCAAGGUGUUGGGCGAUACGGAGAACACCAUCACCCUGAACUGGCGGGCGCCCAAGGCCAAGAACACCACAGCCUUCAGUGUGCUCUAUGCCGUCUUCGGCGAAAGAGACAUGCGCAAGAUCAACGUGGCAGCAGGUCAGAAUCGGGUCUUCAUCGAGGGCCUGGUGCCCAAGACUAAGUACAUUGCCUGCGUGUGUGUCCGGGGCCUGAUCCCCAAGAAGGAGCAGUGUGUCAUCUUCUCCACCGACGAGGCGGCCAGUGCCGCUGGCACCCAGAAGCUCAUCAACGUCAUCGUGAUUACUGUGGCUUGUGUCAUUGCUGUGCCACUCACCGUAAUCGUCUGCUGUGGUGCGCUCAAGAGGCGUAUCCAGAAGAUUUGGGGCAAGAAGUCCAAGGACAUCCAGGACUCGUAUGUGACUUUUGAGACGCUGUCCCCCGGAACCAAGGCUAAAGGGUUGGAGGGUGAGUACCUGACCAGACUCAACCCUGAGGAGUCCAACCGGCUGCUGUCGGCCCGAUCCAGUCUGGACUCUGAGGCCACAGCAAAGAUAGAGGGUCAGCCCAACGAGUACUUCUGCUGACUUCAUGCUCCAGCUCCCUCCCCAUGCCAUCUCCCACACUCACACCCUCUGGCUCAACACAUCUCCAUACACACAACUCCUCUACAGCAUAGCCCCAGACACACACAUCAUCCCAAUCAUAGCCCCAGACACACACAUCAUCCCCAUCAUAGCCACACACACACACCUCAUCUUCAUCAUAGCCCCAGACACACACAUCAUCCCCAUCAUAGCCACACACACACACCUCAUCUUCAUCAUAGCCCCACACACACACCUCAUCUUCAUCAUAGCCCCACACACACACCCCAUCUUCAUCAUAGCCCCACACACACACCCCAUCUUCAUCAUAGCCCCACACACACAUCUCAUCCUCACCAUUGCUCCACACACACUCCUCUCCCUCACCAUAGCUCCACACACACUCCUCACCCUCACCAUAGCCCCACACACAAACCUCAUCCCCACACACCUAAUCCUUUCUCUCAGCCUCACCAAAGCCACCCACACAUAUCCUAUACUCUCCCUCACUCUCAGCACAGUCCUACACACACAUCUCAUCUUCACCAUAGCCCCAGACACAUACAUCGUCCUCACCCCAACCACAGCCCCACACACACACCUUGUCGAAAUGCUCAUCACAGUCCAACACACAUAUCUGGUUGUCUCCCUUUCUCUCACCGUGUUCCCCCCCACACACACAGGGCACAGGUCUCUCCUCCACCUCUCCCACCAUGUUGGGUGCCACCAUGUCGGGGGUUCUAUGAGAGGACGCUUGGACGAUGCACCAUCAUGGAAAUAUCCGUUUAAAGGAGUUUUGACAUUUUUAUCCUUAAUUUUUUUACAUCUGAAAUGUAUACUAUUUCAACAGAGAGAAUGCUAAUGAUGUAAUUUAUUUUUACACUUCUGGGGGACUAUCAGUUCUAAAUGAGCCCUCAAAUGAGCCCUACAGAUAGUAUUUCAUUUAAAUACAUUUAUCAUAGUUAAGUUAAGUAAAAGUCUGAAAGAAGGACAUCUGGGCCAAUAUUCAUUCGUCUCAAAGGAGUGCUGCUCUAGGAACACUAGCCUUUUGGAUCAUAAUAAAUGAGAUAACAUGGACAGGGGGACCUGGGGCCAUAUCCACAAAGUGUUCCAGAAUAGGGCCUAGGAAUCCUGUUAAAACCCGUUUUAAGACAAUAAUUUAAAAAAUCCCAGCUCAGAGUAGGUUUAAACUCUGAGCCAGGACGGAAAUAAACUCAUAAAAGUUUAUCUCAACUGGUAAUUACACAAAGAAAAUAUAGUCAUGACACUCAUUGACAUUAUUGCAAAUUGGGGGAAUAACCAAUCACGUGUCACCGUCUUGUGAAAUAUAUAGCACACUUCAGACCCCCACAGUGUAUGUCACUGUACAUCAAGUAAUAUGAAUUUGAAAUUAUUUUCAAAAAUGCAAGAGAUACUGGUGCAGGUACUUCUAGAUAAUUUAUGGGUUGCUUAUAUAAAAAUAUCGAAACAUUCUUUCAUCAACUCCAAAGCAAUUUUCUGUAUAGCUAGUUAGGACCGCACAUAUGAUCUCCUAAAUAUCUGUCGACUAGGUAGGACUCUUCCCACUGGGCACAGGCGUCAAUUCAACAUCUAGUUUUGAUUUAGUUGUCACCUAACUUGAAUUGAACAAAAAAUGGCACGAUGUCAUUGGAUUUAGGUUAGGUGAAACAUUUACAUUUAACCUCUUACCUCUACCUGGGACGCUUGCGUCCCAACUAGAGCUCUGGAAAUGCAAAUGCGUUACGCUAAAUGCUAAUAGUAUUAGUUAAAACUCAAAAGUUCAUUAAAAUACACAUGCAGGGUAUCAAAUUAAAGCUACACUCGUUGUGAAUCCAGGCAACAAGUCAGAUUUUUAAAAUGCUUUUCGGCGACAGCAUGAGAAGCUAUUAUCUGAUAGCAUGCACCAAUACACUACAACAGAAAAGCACAGCAGGGGACGUAAACAAAAUAAUUAGCAUUUCGGCGUUACACAAACCGCACAAUAAAAUAGAAAACAGUCAUUACCUUUCACCAUCUUCUUUGUUGGCACUCCUAGAUGUCCCAUAAACACUAUUGGGUCUUUAUUUCGAUUAAAUCGGGCCAUAUAAAGCCAAGAUAUCGUUAUAUGUAGACUGUGUGAUAAACGAAAAAAACAGCGAUUUCACAACGUAACGUCAUUUUUUAAAAUUCAAAAAGUAGACGAUAAACUUUCACAAAACACUUGAGAAAUACGUUUGUAAUGCUACUUUAGGUAUUAGUAAACGUUAAUAAGCGAUAAAAAUCAUCCGUAGGCGAUGUAGAUAUCAUUAGCUGUCGUCUUGGAAAAAAUUUCAGGAGAGAGCUCUUCCGGAAUGAUCUGGGCGGAGACCGGAGGUAAGCGGUGCCCCUCUUUCGGAUCAACCAAGAAUCAAAGAUGAUUAAAUUCACAAGAUACUCGACAACAUGGGGAUGCUGUGGGAGUUGAAUGCUCGGUCUUAUCUAAUUCGGCUCACUGUUAACAAUUGCGGUAGUGGCGCAAGGAUAUUUAUUUCCAUUUUCUGUGAUCAGGUUUUCCUGCGCUUUCCGAUGUAACGCACGUUAUGUAAUAGCCACAGUCGUGAUUUAACCAGUUUUAAAAACGUCCGAGGGUUUCCUAUACACACAUUCUAACCAUAUGAACGUACUAUAUUCCUGGCAUGAGUAGCAGGGCGCUGAAAUGUUGCGCGAUUUUUAACAAAAUGUUCAAAAAAAGUAGAGGGUCGACUGAAGAGGUUAAGUCAUUUAGCAGACGCUCUUAUCCAGAGCGACUUACAAAUUGGUGCAUUCACCUUAUGACAUCCAGUGGAGCAGCCACUUUACAAUAGUGCAUCUAAAUCUUUUAAGGGGGGGGGUGAGAAGGAUUACUUUAUCCUAUCCUAGGUAUUCCUUAAAGAGGU